GCCACCCAUGACGAACGAUUUAGUUGAAGGCGAUGAUGCAGACAAUUCGCUUGCCAGGAAUCGUUCCCGACGCGCCAGGACUGAUAAGUCAGGCAGAUUGGCUGCUUUGGCAAAGUUCAAGCAAGCAAAAGCCUCGGGGACUAAGUAUCAAGUAGAGAUAGAAGAAAAGAGUGUCUAUGAAGAAGUGGACGAGUCUGAAUAUUCCAAGAUUGUCCAGGAGCGUCUUGAGGAUGAUUGGAUCGAAGACGAUGACGGGUCAGGCUAUGUGGAAGAUGGACGUGAAAUCUUCGAUGACGACAUGGACGGAGGUGCUAAGGGAAAGGGUAAAGCUCCCGCUAGAGAAAAGAAAAAACGUAACGCUAAUAUCCAGAAUCCUGAAGCUGGACCGAAUCGCAAUAUCAAGAGUAUGUUUAUGGCAGCUGCCAUGGCACCGAACAAGAAAAAGAAAGUAAAGAAAGAAGUGACGUUAGCCAAUGACGACAUCUUUGGUGACAUCAUGAAUGAACUCAAGGGUGAUUCCUCCCAGACGAUAGCGCCUGCUCCAGUCUCUCUGAGAAAACCACCUAAAGCUGUGCUCAAUCCGUUCCAAAAACCAAUUGUCCGACCCUCGCCUCGCAAUAUCCCAAAGCCGUCGCCGGUCGUACGCCAGGACACGCCACGUCCCAUCACGCCCCAGAUCAUGAAGAAGAAGCCGAAGAUAGAGGCGAUGGAACAGCCAUCAUUUGAUGAAGUGGAUGCGGCACAUAUUGACGAAUAUGAAACGCCCUCUAUGGAAGUGGAGGAGAACAACAACAAAGAUAAAAUUGAAGAGCCAGCGAGUAUGGACGUUGGUGACAUUGACUUCGAUGACGAUGAUGAUGGCAUGGAAGUCGAGGAGAAGGUCAAGGUCAAACCACAGGCGGCAGACGUCAAGUCAGAACCAAAAAUAAAAAGUGUGCCAGAAAUCUCCACAAACUUUGAAACGUUCAAAGGAAUGAACACAGUGACCUCCGAGCCCACACCACAAAUUGAGGUCGACCCAAGCAAACUUCCGCUACGUACAACAGAAGAUGGCGAAAAAUACGUACGAUUCUAUUGGCUGGACGCUUUCGAGGAUCCGUACCAUAAACCGGGGACGGUGUACCUGUUCGGGAAGGUGUUCAUCGAGUCAGCGAAUGCCCAUGUCUCGUGCUGCGUCACGGUGAAAAACAUUGAGAGGAAAGUGUAUCUGUUGCCAAGAGAACAUAAAAUGAACCCGAAGACGAAGACCCUUACAGAUGAACCUGUACGACUCGUGGACGUGUAUACUGAAUUCAACACUAGUGUUGCCGAGAAACACAAGAUUAAUAGUUUCCGUUCUAGGAAAGCUGAAAAAGACUAUGCAUUUGAAAAGGCAGAAAUCCCAGCGAAGUCUGAUUAUCUUGAGGUCCGCUACUCUGCCGAGUGUCCACAGUUGCCAUCAGACAUAACCGGCGAGACAUUCAGCCACGCUUUUGGAACGAAUACAUCAUCUUUAGAACUUCUCCUUAUUGAGAGAAAGAUGAAAGGGCCGUCGUGGAUUGAUAUAAGAACCCCAAAGGUCCCAUCUGCUCCCUGUAGCUGGUGUCAAAUAGAAAUCAUCGCUGACCAACCGGACCAGCUAACCGUCGUCAAGGAAACGCUCGCAUCGCCACCGUUAACUGUGAUUGCCUUGAACAUGAAAACCGUGCCUAAUCCCAAAACUCAUGAAAAUGAGAUCGUUGCAAUAUCAUUCCUCGUUCAUCAUGAAUUCCACAUGGAUAAACCGGCACCCAAAAUCCCGUAUGAAGAACAUUUCUGUGCUAUCAACAAACCCUCCGAUGUCAUCUUCCCGUUCGACUUCCGAGAUCACAUCCAACGGGUCAAGAACAAGAUGAAGAUUGAGAUGAUGGGAUCGGAGCGCCAUCUCUUGGCCUUCCUGUUGGCUAAAAUACACAAGAUCGAUCCCGAUUUGAUCGUGGGACACGACGUGUUCAGUUUUGAUCUUGAUGUGAUUCUGCAUCGGAUAAGCUCGCAGAAAGUUCCGCAUUGGUCCAAGAUUGGCCGGUUGAAACGAUCACAAAUGCCAAAGUCAUCUGGUGGUAAGGGUGGGCGUGGCGGAUCAAACUUCAACGCAAAGAGCGCCACCUGUGGGCGCCUGGUGUGCGACGUCAAGAUAUCAGCCAAGGAGGUAAUUCGGUGCCGGGCGUACGAUCUGACGGAGCUGGUCAGUCACCUCUUCCAGAAGAAGCGGGCGUGUCUUGAAGGACAAGAAGUGAGGGAUGCUUACGGGACAAGCCAUGAGCUGCUGCAGCUGAUCGAAUACAGCUUGGUCGAUGCGGACAACACCCUGAAGAUCAUGUAUGAGCUAAACGUCCUACCGCUGGCGCUGCAGAUCACCAACAUCUGUGGAAAUGUUAUGUCCCGCACGUUGAUGGGUGGCCGAUCAGAGCGGAAUGAAUUCCUCCUGCUUCACGCGUUCUCGGAAAAGAACUUCAUCUGCCCCGACAAGGAAUACAAGAAGGCCGUCGUUGUGGAUGAAGACGACGAGGGCCCCAACCAGGGUGGAUCUAAAAAGAAGACUCAGGGACGUCGUAAGCCUGCGUACGCCGGCGGCCUUGUGCUGGAGCCGAAGAAAGGCUUUUACGACAAGUUUAUCCUGCUGCUGGACUUUAACAGUUUAUACCCGUCCAUUAUCCAAGAGUAUAAUAUAUGCUUUACGACAAUAAAUCGGAGCGCUGCAGAUAUGAAAGAUGGCGAGGAUAGUGAAGAAAUGCACCUGGACUUACCCGACCCGGAUCUUGAACCUGGCGUUCUGCCAACGGAGAUCCGUAAACUUGUCCAAAGCAGACGUCAGGUAAAGCAGCUGAUGAAGGGACCAGACGUCGCACCUGAACUCCUGAUGCAGUACGAUAUCCGACAGAAAGCCCUCAAGUUGACGGCCAACAGUAUGUACGGCUGUCUCGGCUUCUCGCACUCACGAUUUUACGCCAAACCGCUUGCGGCAAUGGUCACAGGCAAAGGAAGGGAGAUAUUGAUGCAGACUAAAGACCUUGCCGAGAAGAUGAAUCUAGACGUCAUCUACGGUGACACAGACUCGAUCAUGAUCAACAGCAACUGUACCGACCUAGAACAAGUCUUUAAACUCGGGAACAAAAUCAAAAGUGAGGUGAACAAGCUUUACAAACUGCUGGAAAUCGACAUCGACGGUGUCUUCAAGUCCAUGCUGCUGCUGAAGAAGAAAAAGUACGCCGCGCUGAACGUGACAAAGACGGCCGACGGGAAAUAUGUGACGACACAGGAGCUGAAAGGAUUGGACAUCGUCAGGAGGGAUUGGUGUGAGCUUGCUAAAGAGGCUGGAAACUUCGUGGUGCGUCAGAUCUUAUCCGGAGAGAAUCGCGAUCAGAUUGUCGAGAACAUCCACGCCAAACUGAUAGAAGUGGGUGAGAGUGUCGCUGAGGGGAAGUUACCUGUGUCUCUCUUCCAUAUAACCAAGUCUUUGACCAAAAACCCCGAAGAUUACCCCGACAAGAAAAGUCUACCUCAUGUCCAGGUGGCGCUGCGGCUGAACUCAAAGGGAGGCAGACGUCUCAAGGCCGGGGAUGUUGUUUACUACGUCAUCUGCCAAGAUGGGUCGAACCUCGCUCCCAGCCAGAGAGCGUAUCAUCCUGACGAAUUGGAAAAGAGCGAGGCGUUGACGAUCGACACGAAGUAUUAUCUGUCGCAGCAGGUGCAUCCUGUCAUAGCCAGGUUGUGUGAUCCUAUCGAAGGGACUGAUGCAGCUCAUUUAGCUGAAUGUUUAGGCCUUGAUCCGAGUGGCUACCGACAGCGCAUGAACCAGAAUGACAACGAAGACGACGCCAUGCUCGGCGCUGUUCAUAUGACCGACGAGGAAAAGUAUAAAGAUUGCGAUCGCUUUAAGUUCAGUUGUCGGGAGUGUCAGAGGGAGGUCAUCAUGGACGGAGCGUUCGUGGGCGCUGGCACAGCGCUAGAGCCAUCACUACGCGAGUGUCCCAACCUCGCGUGCAAGAAGGAGUUGGCUGAGCAGCACUGCUCAAUCACUAAUAAACUCACACUCGUCAUGAGGUCAUAUAUCAAGAAAUAUUAUCAGGGGUGGAUGGUGUGUGAGGACUCGACGUGCGGGAGUCGGACGUGUAAGGUGCCACUAGAAUCGCAGCGUGGGCACCCGAUCUGUCAGGUGUGCCGGCGAGGGACGCUGCAUUUAGAAUACACCGACUCGCAACUCUACUACCAGUUGAGCUUCUAUCAGUAUCUGUUCGAUACCGAGAGGGCCAUUUCAAGUCUACCAGAAGCUGAAAGAAACACCGCACGCUCGAAGAUUCAGCCAUAUCAAGAACACUACAGGAACCUCAAGAUGGUUGCCGACAGGGUCGUUGUACAAAACGCAUACUCAGAAGUCAACCUCACCAAACUGUUUGCCAACCUCGUCCCCUUAAAGAAUUAGACAGCAUUACCAAUAGUGUCAUCAUCAUCAUCAUCAAUACCGGCGUCGUAAUCUUAUUGGAUUUUUUGCCGGAAGUAUGGUCAUGGAUUCCACUAUUAAAAGACCUCACUUGAUUUAGUGCUUCUUGUGUUACACAUGUUUUUGGCGAGUAGUAAUCAUUGUUGACAGAUGGCAGCACCGUAAUACUGAUGUGAAGUUGUUGUUCACCUUUUAUGCCCUUUAUCGCAUUUAGUCUGCAUUUGCACAUCACUGGGCCUUAGGCUCUGUGUUGUGUCAUUGGUGAAUUGCAAGUUCAUUUUUGGGAUUAUAAUACCCCGAUAUUCUGAUUGAUAUGUUCUGGAAAUCACCACAAUGCCCUUUAGCACAUAUGUCUAUGAAAUGAUAGCAUGCCGAUGAAAAUGUUAGCCUUAAUAAGGUAGUUUGCCACAAAUAUGUAUUUAAACUAAAAUCUGCCACAGGUUUUCAUUAAAGGGACAAUUUGGGCAUGAGAUUAAGUGUGGAGGAGGAUGAUGUGCCUAUUGGCCAGCAUGUGGUGCCACUUGUCGUGGCACACAAAUACUAAUCUCUAAUAAACAAGUUUGGCUCGUGUUGUGGGGCAUUUUUUGACAUGGCUUAUGCAUUUCAGGUAGACCAGCGGCUCCAUUCCAUUCUUGUGAAGUGUAGUUUUUCCUUACAGUUUGAUAAAUUCUCAAGGAGACUGUAAGGAAAAGUCAGGUCCUGCCGGAAGCAUUUUUUAUGAAACACCAACAGAUCUCACGCCCCGUUUGUCCCUUUAAAUGAGACAGAAACAAAUGUCGCUGUGUAAAAAUCACUGCCAAUGUAAACUGCAUUUGACUCAAUCCUCUUUCACUGCUGCAAUUAUGGGAUGUAUUGAAAUAAAUGUAUAGCAAGUCUUCACCUUUGUAUGUCAAAAUAUUGAAAUCUUUAAGUGUUGUGUAUUGUAGCUGAUAAUAAAAUCAUCUGUAUGGAAA